AUGAUAGAAUCAUGUCCAAAGAAACGUAUGGUGUUAGGCAUAACAAUAUUAGGAAUUUUAACUCUAUUAGUCUUAUUCAUUGAAUCGCAUUGGACCGAGCCGAAUAAACUAAGCAGAAAAUCGAACUUCAUCGUCGAGCAAAACUCGACUUGCUGGGAAUUGGGAAACUACGAAGUACUGAAAGAGUGCGAACCUUGUUCAGAAUUCGAAAUACGCAGUAGAAAUAUCGGCGUCUGCAUUCACACCAAAUACAAGGAAGUACUCAAAUGCUCGAACGGCGAAAUCGUAAUCAGAUCUUGCGAUCGGGCUGCGUACAUUGACGAACAGCAGUUUUGGAGAUUCGAAGGCUUCAUGUUCGCAAUAAGCUUAAUCUCAACGGUUUGCGUAGUAUCGAGAAGGAAGGUUUUAACCAAGCGGAUAUUACAGAGGGUUCAAAGACAAAUCGCAAACUGCGUUUAA